AUGAAGAACACUCCCGUCGUUCUCGCCGCCAUGGUCGGCACCGCCAUGGCUGCUCCCCAGUCACAGAAGGCUCCGGCCGCAGCGGCUCCUGCCGGCUGCAGCACAACCUAUGCCGACUCGUUCGAGAUUAGCAUCGUCGCCGCCCCCGAGGAGAUGAAGCGCCUCGAGGAUGAGAUCUGCUCCAUCUUGCCAUGCCCCCAUGCUGAUGCCAUCUACACCAGUGGCUUCGCUGUCUGCGACGACAACCUCCUCGCUCUUGGCGACCAGAAGACGUUCUUCAAGUGCAACUCGGGCAACUUUGCCAACCUCUACGACCGCAACUGGGCCCCGCAGUGCAGCCCCGUCGCUUUUUACGUCCCGCUCCUGCGGCAAGAGCAAGCGGUCCGCGCAGGCCGACUACGGUGCCGCCCCGGAGCCCGCGACCCCUUCUUCCCACCCCGUCACCCAGAUCGACGAUGGAUUACGCCUCGCGAGUUGGCGGUUGGCGCGGCGCUGGGGUAUAAGAAGGGACAAUCGGGCGAUUCGAAGCUCCAUCUCUUCGGCAGCUCGGGAGACCAUGAACUGUGUGUAUGUAGUUGCGCUGUUCCCAUCAGCCGACCACCAGGGAGACGGGCGACGCGCCGUGGAUGGGAAGUUCGUUUCCGCAACAUCAAGGACUCGCUUGCUGCGGCGCAGGAGUACAGGGCCGCGGCGAGGGAGUACAGGGCCGCGGCAACGGCAUCCCAUCCGGCUUAUCAGCGACUGGACCGGAGAGGGCGUACAGCAACGGCAUCCCAUCCGAUGUCCCAGCGCGUGGACGUGUUCUUGCUUGGACAAGGCGUGCUGCGCUCAGGGCCAGGGGCAAGGCGCAAGGGCUCGGUGGGUUCCGAGCUUGCGGGGUGGCCAGGGGCUGCUGCAGCGGGAGCUCGCCGGCAUCCCACUAUCCUUUGUCAGCAUUCCAUUCUGCCCGCUUGCCUUGUUUCCCGCACGGCAGAACCCGUCAGCCCUCUGCCCGCUUGCCGUGCAAGGGGUGACAGAGUACAUGGUACCAUGGAGCUCGGCUUCUGCAGCUUGGUCUUCCUUGCCAACCCAGGUGUCUAG